AUGCCUGGCGGCAAGGGAAAGUCUUCUGGGGGUAAAAGCUCCGGAGGCAAGACGAGCGUCGAGGGUCCCAAGAAGCAGCAGAGCCACUCCGCGCGAGCUGGCCUUCAGUUCCCAUGCGGCCGUGUCAAGCGUUUCCUGAAGCAAAACACCCAAAACAAGAUGCGUGUCGGCGCCAAGGCUGCCGUAUACGUUACUGCUGUUUUGGAAUACCUGACUGCUGAAGUUUUGGAACUGGCAGGCAAUGCCGCCAAGGACCUCAAGGUCAAGCGCAUCACUCCUCGCCACUUGCAGCUGGCCAUCCGUGGCGACGAAGAGUUGGACACUCUGAUCCGCGCUACCAUUGCCUUUGGUGGGGUCCUGCCACACAUCAACCGCGCCCUGCUGCUCAAAGUCGAGCAGAAGAAGAAGAAGGCCCAGGCCAUUGAGGCAUAA